CGAUUGGCUCCUCGGGAAACAGCGCAGUCGUCGGCUCCAGAGUGUGCGCGCCCGAGCUGCGUACUUUUCUCUCGUUGUUUUCCGGAUUGCUCUCUGAUAACGGCUACCCAGGGUUUGGAACUUCUCGAGAUUUCUUUCUUAAAAGCAGUCCUUCUUUUUUCAGUUCAAGAUUGAAGCUCGAGGAAUUCACUAUUUGGCUGAAAUAGGCACAAACUUCCGUUGGAGAAAAAAAAACUUAACGGCGGAGGACAGACUUUCUAACGUAUGGCCCGCCGUUUAAGUUUCUUAUUUUGCCUUAAAAAUGAGGAAGUUUGCAUUUUGUUCUUAUGGCAUAUUUUUGUUUGUUUUCUUGAAAACGUUUAAAGCCACCUAUCAAAUUAGUACACCUUCUCAGGAGAACCAGUUCAGUAGUGUGAAACUCUGGAAAUGUUGUUAAUCUAGAAGAGGUUAUAUCCAGAAGAGAUUAGAUCCUGGACAUUUCUGGGAUUUAGAUACUAAAGAAGAUUAUUUGAAGACUCCUUUUGGAAUCAAAUAGCAUGGAUCUCAGCAGUGACUACCAUUUCCUCAACCAGAUUUUGUGGAGAAGAGUGAGACUCACAUUAGUUUGUGGCAUUUUUGAAGGAGUGCUGCAACAUGUGGACCCUGACAAGAUUGUUGUUUUGAAGAAAGUGAAGAAUGUAGAGACCGGUCUAAGUGUCCCAGGAGUGAAGAUGUUUUUUGGACAUGAGAUUGUGAAUGUGGAACUACUGGAUGAAGUGGAACACGGUGCAGUAAGAGAAAAGGCUUCUUCUGUUAGUCUAAAUACAGACAGAACCAAGGUGGAUACAAUAAAAGAUGAAGACCUAAAUGUACAGAAGCCUGCUUCUCCUACUCCUGAGGUGCCAAUAACCUCUCUUCUGAGUGACCUCAAGUACAGCCCAUCUGAGGAAGAGGAGGUGACAUACACAGUCAUUGAUCAGUUCCAGCAGAAGUUUGGUGCUGCAAUGCUCCACAUCAAGAAGCAAAGUGUCCUGAGUGUGGCAGCAGAAGGAGCUAAUGUGUGUCGUCAUGGGAAACUAUGUUGGCUUCAGGUGGCCACAAAUAGCCGGGUUUACUUGUUUGACAUUUUCCUUCUGGGAAGUCGUGCUUUCAACAAUGGACUUCAGAUGGUAUUAGAAGACAAGAGAAUUUUGAAGGUUAUCCAUGAUUGUCGUUGGCUUUCUGAUUGCCUCUCUCAUCAGUAUGGAAUUUUGCUGAAUAAUGUCUUUGACACCCAGGUAGCAGAUGUCCUUCAAUUUUCCGUGGAAACGGGUGGCUUUCUUCCAAACUGCAUUAGUACUUUACAGGAGAGUUUAAUCAGACACCUUAAAAUAGCCCCUAAACAUCUCUCCUUUCUGGAAGUGAGACAAAGAUGGAUUCGAGUGAGUAUUAAAGAAAACCCAGAACUGUGGUUCACACGACCGCUUUCACCUUCUUUGCUGAAAAUUUUGGCUUUGGAAGCUACCUACCUGCUCCCCCUUCGCUUGGUACUCUUGGAUGAAAUGAUGUCUGACCUAACUACCCUGGUGGACGGAUACCUAAACACCUACCGAGAAGGGUCUGCAGACCGACUUGGAGGCAUGGAGCCUACAUGUAUGGAGCUCCCGGAGGAACUGCUUCAACUCCAGGACUUCCAGAAGCAGCGCAGAGAGAAAGCGGCAAAAGAAUAUAGAGUAAAUGCUCAGGGACUCCUAGUAAGGACAGUACUACAUCCAAAGAAAUCGGUGACAGAGACAGCAGGGAAAGAGGGAAAAGUACGAGGUUUCUUACUUUGUAAAAAUUCUACACAAGAUAAAGCUCCAAAUAUUACAUCUCAUGAGAAUGUAAAUUUACUGAAAGAAGAAUCUAAGAGUAAACAAACCAGAGUAGAGCCUCAAUAUCUACCUCCCACAAAGGAAGAUGCCAGCGAGGAUUCCAGUUACAACCUAAAUUACCCUGAGUCAGAGGGGGUUAAAGACCAGAGAAUAGCUCAGAAAGAACAUCUCAAGAUACCUAAACAAGAAUUUAAGACAAGUUUAUCUUUGAAAGAGGAGAUAGAACAGUUAUUGAUGGUGGAAAACAAGGAAGAUCUAAAAGGUACAAAACAAGAUGUUUCAGUGUCUCCUUCCCUUCCUCAGGAAACCAGAGUGUCUCCAAGUGGCAUUUUUCAUCCUUUUAGAAAAGCUGUGCUUCCCACACUUCCUCCCUGCCCAGCUUUGGAAAAGACUGAUUCCUGGUUAAAUCCAGAUUCUCCCAAUCUGCCUUAGAGAUCUGCAAUUUGUUUUUGAAGCCAUUAAGGUGGCCUAUUUCCUCUGCCAUCAGGGCCUUCCUCAGUGCUUAAGUUUCUCAUGUUGUAAAUUCAGUUUUACCUCAGUCACAGUCUUUAGGGAAAAUUAUAUUCUCUUACUUUCUGUAUUCAUGGAAUUUGAUUAGGAUGGGAAUGAAUAAGUUAAAUAAUGGAAGAAGUAGAUUUUCUGAUUAUGUCAUUCUGUAGAAAUGUUCCCUGUGGCCAGACUAAAUUAUUUCUCAUAAUUUGGGUUUAAAAGAUUUGAAGAAGGGAAAAAUUUUGGACUUAGUGUUUGGAAGAACCUAUACUUAAAAUUUUUUUGUUGUAUUUUUUGGUUUGAAGGGGGUUGGUAAAACUCUUAGCCAGAAGUUUAAAAAAAAGUGAUACCCAACAAAUUUAUCAGAACUUUUUUCCUUUUUAAAAUACUAAUAAGUAAGUUUAUCAGGUAUACUUCAAUAAAGCUGAAAAAAUCCAACUUUAUUUUUCAAUUUAAGUUUUCAGUCUGUCUUAUGUUAUAGACAAACAAUAGUUAAUGUUACUACAGGAAUCAGUAUAACAGUUCUAGGUUUUUUUCAUUUCAUUUACUUUUAGACAGUUUUGUCAUUUUUCCUAAAUAGCAGGGACUUCUUUAAAGUAUGUCUGUUAUGUAAACUUUAAGUUUGAUUGCACUCUGUUUGCCUGGAGAUGGUAUGCUUUCUUAGGGUAAAAAGAAGGCAAGUUGUCCUGAGUCUUUUUAUAUUGAAUACUUGCUAGUUGCUCACAUUCUUUUGUGUAUAAUAAGCAAUAAACCUGUUUUGGCAUUAGGUUAUCUCUCACUUUUCUUCAUUGUGUCAGGGUAGGAAUAAAUUGGAAUGUUUCUGCAUUUCUAAGUCUAGAAUCUGGAGUAGAAAUCUGUAUGUUUGGUUUUUUUUUUUUUUUGUCCACACUACACAGCUUAUAGAAUCCUAGUUCAUCAACCAGGGAUCAAAUCUGGGCCACAGCAGUGAAAGUGCCUAGCCCUAACCACUGGUUCACCAGGAAAUUCCCUAGAAAUUUGGCAAUUUGACUGUUAUACAGGCCUCUAUUAUUUAUUGUACUUAGGGAAAACUUAGAGACAGUUUUCACUUAGGAAUAUCCUUGUCUGUGCUCAUUGAUUCUGUGGUGAGUACCACUGAAAGAACGUCCAGCUAUGCCUUCCAAACCCCAGAGCCCAGAUCUGGUCUGAACUUAAGAUGAAGGCAAAAAAAUAAAAAAGAUGAAGGCAGGCCUAUGAGCUGUUAACUCAGCCCUGUGGUGCUGUGUCUCACUUUGUCCAUAGUUUAGAAGCGCAUUUGGAGCAAAGAUGAUUUCUGGUUCAUCUUGGGUGAAUGCAUUUUCAGGUUGAUCCCAGAAAGUGGUUAAUCUAGGUUUACUCUGGGAAGGGCAUGGAUUUCUGUGAAAUAUGUGGAACUGAUUUAGCACCUUAUGGAACCAUACCACACACAUUUAUACAUGUUUGUAUACAGGCUACAAAGAAAAAUGUAAUGUUCUUCAUAUCUGAAAACAGAAUUUUUCAUUAUUUAUGUUCUGUGACUGUAAAGAACAACAGGAUUCUGUUGGACCUUUGCUGUACUGCUCAAUAUGGUAGCCACUAG